GCAACAUCAAGGUCCGGGGGCGGAGGGCCCUCAGGCCUGGUCCGGCCGAUGGGCAGGCCGUCUGCUUAAUGAAGCCAGCCUGUGCCUUUGCUGACACCCACGGGGAGGGUAUAAGUCCAGGCUGGGCCCGAGGAGCGUGUCCUGUGGCUUUGGGGAGCUGGCCCCAGCCCCUGCCGGCCAGACAUGAGGGGCAGCUUGCUUGCAGCCCUGCUGGGGCUCCUCGUGAUGCUGGCGGCUGGCAAGGAGGACUUGGGCCUCCAGAACUUCAACUUGACCCAGUUUUCAGGUAUGUGGUACGAGAUUGCCUUGGCCUCCAACCUGGAGCACCAGAGCUCGUCCCCAGGGCGGAAGAUGGGGGCCGUGAUAGUGGAGCAGGACGGGCCCCACCUUGGCCUGACCUCCGUGUCUGACCACAUGAACCUGUGCAUGAAGGAGAAGAACCAGGCAGUGAAGGGGGACGCCCCUGGGAAGUUCAAGCUCCCUUUAGACUCUGGAGGCAAAGAGGUCAUCGUGGUGGCCACGGACUACAAGACCUACGCCGUCAUAAGCAUCGUCCCCCACGGAGGCGAGAAGCCCAGCCGCGUGCUGAAGCUCUACAGCCGGACCUUGGAACACAAUGAGAAAGCCACAGAAAAGUUCGUGGAGAAGGCCGUGGAGCAGGGGCUGUCGGUCUCAGACGUGCAGCUGCUCACCAAGGACUUGACCUGUGUGAACCUGCUGUCCUAGGUGGUAGAGAAACUGAGGCUUAGGCCACUCAGCUAGGACACCGACUCCUGGCUGGGGCCCUCGGAUGAGGGCGGCAUCCUGAGGCCCUGCCAUUCCGUGUCUCAGGAUCUGACCUAGGGGAGCCCCUGCCCCCCACUGGGGUGCUUGCAGCCCCGCCCACCUGGCUUACCUGGGCUACCAGCCCUGGGGGGCCACCUGCAGCUGCUCCGCCCAAAUAAACUCUACAGCCGAA